AUGACGGACGCUACGGUCGCGGCGGGAGUGACUGUGAUCGUCGACCCGCUGCCUCGCACCGUCGCUCUCGCCCCCGUCGACCCCGCGCACUACCCGCUACUGCAUCCCGCCACCCGCGCGAUUUCCGCUUCCGCAGCCCGUCGCCCACGCGCUACUCGCUGCUUCUGCCCGUCGCCAACGCGCUACCCGCAACUGCAUCCCGCCGCCCGCGCGAUAUCCGCUGCUGCAGCCCAUCGCCCGUCCCGUCGCACUGCCGCCCGUCGCCAGAUCCCCGCCACCCGUACGCACUCCGCUGCCCGUCGCCAGGUCCCCGCCCGCCCUCCCGUCGACUUCGCAACUGCUGUGAAGGGAGUGGCGGGAGUUGCGAGAGUGGUGGGAGUGGCGAGAGUGGUGGGAGUGGCGGGAGAAGCUGCUGCUACGCCAUUGCGCGCGCCAGAUCGUCCGCGACCCGCACCCCGCACCCCGCCCGUCGCCCGUACGCCAUCCGCACCACGCACGACGUCCGUGCCCCCGUCCGCGAGACCCGUCCGAACCCCGUACCUGCACCCAGACCGCCGUUCUGCCCCAGAUCCCGCCCCCCCCCACCGACAACUGCCACCCCACCCCCAUCUCCGGCUCCGUUUCCAGCGGGAAGGGAAGGAGGUGUGUGCUACUCAUGCUUCUUGUGCUUCUCAUGCUGCCCCGUGGUCCUGUGUUGUUCCGUAUUGCCCGUACUUCCCCGUGCUUGCCCCGUGCCCGUGCCCGUGCUGUCUGCCCGUGUUCCCUGUGCUUCUGCCCGUGGUCUACCCGUGCUGUUUGUUCCCGUGCGUGCCCCACCCGUACCACCCGUGCUGUCAGUGCCCGUGUUGCCCCGUUCAGCCCGUGUCCUGCCCCGUUCUGCCCGUGCUGCCUGUUCUGCCCGUGCUGCCCCGUUGUGCCCGUGUUGCCCCGUUCUGCCCGUGUCCUGCCCGUGUUCUGCCCGUGAUUCUGCCCGUGAUUCUGCCCGUGAUUCUGCCCGUACUGCUGCCCGUGAUUGUGCCCGUGAUUAUACCCGUGUGCUGCCCGUAUUUUGCCCGUGUUCUGCCCGUGAUCCUGACCGUGAUUCUGCCCGUGAUUCUGCCCGUGUUGUCGCCUGUGAUUUUGCCUGUGAUUCUGCCUGUGAUCCUGCCCGUGUUGCUGCCCGUUCCCGUGCCAUACUGCCCGUGCCCACCCGUGUCUCCCGUUGCUGCCCGUGUUCUACCCGCGCCCAGUGUCACCCGUGCUGCCCGUACCAGUCUGCCCAACCCGUUUCACACGUGCUGUCCGUACCCGGUUGUGCCCAACCCGUUUCACACGUGCUGUCCGUACCCGGUUGUGCCCCACCCGUUUCACCCGUGCUGUCUGUACCCAGUUGUGCCCGACCCGUUUCACCCGUGCUGUCCGUACCCGGUUGAGUUCCAAGGGGGCAGGUCGCCGUGUGAAGAUCCGUGCAGGGACCACUAUGGGUGGGGCAAGGGCUGGAGGAAGGAAGGGGGGGAGGGGGUGCGGUUCGAGGAGGCGACUGACAUGAGUGGGGGUUAG